AUGGAAACAUAUGAUGCUGAUUCUAACCAAACUUUUCAAUUGCGUGCAGCCUUAUUGUGGACAAUUAGUGAUUUUCCAGCCUAUGCAAUGCUUUCUGGUUGGAGCACAAAAGGAAGAAAGGCAUGCCCAACUUGUAAUCAUGGGACCUUCUCUCAAUAUCUCAAGCAUAGUCGUAAGAUGUGUUACAUGGGUCAUUGGGCAUUCUUACCUCCUGAUCAUCCAUUUCGAAGAGAUAAGAAAUCAUUUGAUGGUAAAGAAGAUCACAGAUCUGCACCUACUCCCUUAUCAGGCACAGAAGUAUUAGAAGAGUUGCGUGAAUUCAAUAAUGUUUUUCAGAAAGGGCCAAAAAAGGAAGCGUCUUUGCUCGGGACUUUGUUGGAUGUAACUGGAAAGUCAAAAGACCAUGUAAAUUCUCGAUAUGACUUGCAAGAAAUGGGGAUAAGAAAGGAGCUUCAACCAGUACAAGAUGAUAAUGGAAGAGUUCAUUUGGAUAAAGCCUGUUGUGUUUCAAAUAUAUCAAGAUGUGUGGAAGUGGAUGAGAUGAAAAUAUCAGGUUACAAGAGCCAUGAUGCUCAUUUCAUAAUGCAUUACUUGCUCCAAAUUGCUGUUAGAAAAGUGUUACCCAAAAAAGUUUCUAUGGCUUUGAUUCGGUUGGGGAACUUCUUUAAAGUCAUAAGUAGCAAGGUGAUAAGGCGAGCAGAUCUUGAUACAAUGCAGUCUGAGAUCUAUGAGAUUAUAUGUGACCUUGAAAAGAUUUGCCCAUCCAUUUAUCGAUACCAAUUAGAGGAUGAGCAGGGAACUGAAACAGAGGGAGGUAAUUUGUCACCUAUAUUCCCUAAAUUUGGCCAUCCGAUUGGAAGGGAGAAAAAAAGCAAAGGCAAUAAUUUUCACAUGGAUCUCCAGUUAUGUGUUGAUAUACAUCGAUAUGUAUUGUUUAAUACCGGAGAUGAAAAAAUGGAGACCUUUAUCAUGGAACAUAAGAUUGUAAUUGACAAUCAUAGUAGAUCAAAUCCAUGGAUUAGAGCACAAAAUCAUAGUCAGGAAUUUGGCAACUGGUUUAAGGAGAAAGUGAAAUCUGUUGAAGUGCCUGAACAUUUACAACAACUCGCUAAAGGGCCUAAUACUGCGGCAAAAAGAUAUACAACAUAUUUCAUCAAUGGAUAUCGAUUUCAUACAAUGAAACGAGAUAGUCAAGGUAAGACCCAGAACUAUAGAGUGACUUUAUCAGCAACGACUGAUAGUUUUGCUAGUGCUAGAGACCAAAACCCCAUUGAUGGAGAAGUUGUCUAUUAUGGAGUUAUUCAAGAUAUCAUAGAGAUUGAUUAUUGGGGUUGCUUUAGUGUUGUGUUGUUUAAAUGUGAUUGGUUUCGUAAUGAAGUAGAUGAAUAUGGAUUAACUCGGGUAUACUUCAACAAGUUAUGCAGUACUGAAGAUCCAUUUGUACUGGCAUCUCAAGUGCAUCAAGUUUUCUAUGUAGAGGAUCCAAUUGAGAAAGAUGUUUAUUAUGCAAGGACCAAAGUUCAUGUUGAUUUAUUUGAUUUAGAAGAAGAGAAUUGCCCUAAUAUUGGAGAAACAUUUUUUGGGGAGUCAGACAAUGACAUUGGACCAUCAAAUGGAAUACCUGAUGCUGAUGUUGAUCUCAGAUGGUCAAGAGAAGAUGUACCUGGUGAUGUCAUUGAUAUGCCAACUCAUGAUCAACAUUCAGAAUAUAUGGAAGAAAUGGACACAUCAGAAGAAGAUGAGGACUUUGAUGAUGUCGAUUGGGAUUGGAUGGUGGUUGAUGAUUGA